CGACAGCCAGGAGCCGGGAGGCCGCGCCACCUGCGGGCCGGCCGGAGCGGGCAGCCCCAGGCCCCCUCCCCGGGCACCCGCGUUCAUGCAACGCCUGGUGGCCUGGGACCCAGCAUGUCUCCCCCUGCCGCCGCCGCCUGCCUUUAAAUCCAUGGAAGUGGCCAACUUCUACUACGAGGCGGACUGCUUGGCUGCUGCGUACGGCGGCAAGGCGGCCCCCGCGGCGCCCCCAGCGGCCAGAGCCGGGCCGCGCGCCCCCGCCGGCGAGCUGGGCAGCAUCGGCGACCACGAGCGCGCCAUCGACUUCAGCCCGUACCUGGAGCCGCUGGGCGCGCCGCAGGCCCCGGCGCCGGCCACGGCCACGGACACCUUCGAGGCGGCUCCGCCCGCGCCCGCCCCCGCGCCCGCCUCCUCCGGGCAGCACCACGACUUCCUCUCCGACCUCUUCUCCGACGACUACGGGGGCAAGAACUGCAAGAAGGCGGCCGAGUACGGCUACGUGAACCUGGGGCGCCUGGGGGCCGCCAAGGGCGCGCUGCACCCCGGCUGCUUCGCGCCCCUGCACCCGCCGCCACCGCCCGCCGAGCUCAAGGCGGAGCCGGGCUUCGAGCCCGCGGACUGCAAGCGGAAGGAGGAGGCCGGGGCGCCGGGCGGCGGCGCAGGCAUGGCGGCUGGCUUCCCGUAUGCGCUGCGCGCCUAUCUCGGCUACCAGUCGGUGCCGAGCGGCAGCAGCGGGAGCCUGUCCACAUCUUCGUCGUCCAGUCCGCCCGGCACGCCGAGCCCGGCCGACGCCAAGGCGCCCCCGACCGCCUGCUACCCGGGGGCCGCGCCGGCGCCGGCGCAGGUCAAGAGCAAGGCCAAGAAGACGGUGGACAAGCACAGCGACGAGUACAAGAUCCGGCGCGAGCGCAACAACAUCGCCGUGCGCAAGAGCCGCGACAAGGCCAAGAUGCGCAACCUGGAGACGCAACACAAAGUCCUGGAGCUCACGGCCGAGAACGAGCGGCUGCAGAAGAAGGUGGAGCAGCUGUCGCGCGAGCUCAGCACCCUGCGGAACUUGUUCAAGCAGCUGCCCGAGCCCCUGCUCGCCUCCUCCGGCCACUGCUAGCGCGGCCCCCGCGCGCGCCCCCCUGCCGGCCGGCCUCCGCGCUGCCGGCGGAACUUGGCACCGGGGCGCCUGGCAGCGCGGGG